AUUUGCUCACUUGGGAAGUGAGCUAAGUUGAGGCCAACAAAUUGGCUUUAGUUUGUGACUGCCCGCCGUAUUUUGCUGACAUGCCAGAGGCCAGACGUGGCGCGCCGGACUCUCCCAAAUCGGGUGCCUCUCCGAAAACUCCGAAGACCGACGUGAAUGAGCUGCUUUCGGCGGACAGCCCUGCCAGCACGGUGAGGUCCAAGUCCAAUAGCAAGAAGUCCACAAAGAGGAAAGCGGCAGAGGAGGCGAAGCGGAAGGCGGAGGAGCUACGAGCAGAGCUCCAGCGCCAAGAGGAGGAAGCGACGAAGCAGCUGGAGGAGGCGAGCACUCUGAAGGAGGAGGUUGUUGCUGCGGCCAUGCGCACCGUGAGAUCUGACACUUUGGCUGCAGGCUUUCGGCACAGCUGCGUGGUGGCGGAAGAUGGCAGCCUGGUGUGCUUUGGCACCUCCGGGCGCGGCCAGUGCGACCUGCCGAUCGGCGGCGAUGGUCGCGUGACCUCCGUGGCAGCGGGCAAUUUGCACACCGUGGCAGUGCGCGAAGACGGGGGCCUGUGCUGCUUUGGGGAGACCAGUUUUGGGCAAUGCACGGUGCCGGAGAAUCUCGUCGCUCCCAUCACCGCGGUGAGUGCUGGCUUUUGCCACACCUGCGCUCUCGACGCGGAAGGCCGCGUCUUCUGCUUCGGGGACGACACCUACGGCCAGUGCUCUGUGCCGCCGCUGCAGGGCAAAGCCGUGGCCGUCAGCGCCGGUUUUCGCCACACCUGUGUGCUUACAGAGGGCGGCUCGCUGGUUUGCUUUGGCGACAACAGCUACGGGCAGUGUGAAGUGCCGAACUUGGAGCACGUGAGGUUGGUGGCCUGCGGGGAUUUCCACACCUGCGCCGUGACGCGACACGGGCAGCUCCAUUGCUUCGGCCGCAAGGACUCGGGGCAAUGCGACGUGCCCAGCUCCAUGGGCCCCGUCAUCGCCGUGGCGGCGGGGUCCAACUUCACGGUGGCGGUGCUGCUGGACGGCCGCGUCUGGUGCCAGGGCUCCCACGGCCACGGCCAGACGGAGCUGCCCAUGGGCCUGGAGCUCGCAGAGUUCUCGGAGCUCGACCCGCCGUACGAAGCCGCUGCAUCCAUGGAGUUGGAGGAGUCAGGGGAGGUGGAGAUCGUGGAGGAUGAAGUGCUUGAGGAGGUGUCGCCCACGUCAGCGGACCUGCAGAAGAUGAUGUCGACGGCUGGGUCCUGGGCCACUGAUACCACCUUGACCUCGCUCACCUCCGAGAUCCAGGACAUACUGGAUGCGGACAAGGGCCAGGAUGAGCAGACCCGGAAGCGCAUCCAGGAUUUGCGCGAGCGGCUGGCGCAAACCUGGGAGGAGGCGUACAGCUUGGCACAGCAGUUCGUGGACAACAUCAGGGGCGUAGCCUGCGGGUCCUUCCAUGCGUGCCUUCUGCAGAAGGACGCACAGCUCUUCUUCUUCGGAGACGACAGUGCGAACCAGUGCCGGGUGCCGGAGACCUUGGUGCCCAAGGUUUUCACAGUGGACCCCGCCCAGCUGCCCUUGGGCAUCUUGGCCGACCGCAAGCCCAAGCUCCUGGAAUCGGCUCCCGAGCCCGAGCCUAACCCGGACCCGCCGCAGCCGCCCUAGGCAUAGGCGCCAUCGUUUUGUUUGUUCAAAACGGAGGAGUUCGGAUCUGAGAAAAAGUCUUUGGCUCA